AUGGGCAAUAGAAAUUCAAAAAAGUUAUACGAUCAUCAUCAUCAUGGUGAGGAACAACCACAUCAUGUCGAAAUAACAAGUAACAAAAAUACAUCGCAUUCAUCACCACCGAAAGUGAAUCACAAUUCUCAACUUCUUGCUUUGCAAUCCUUUCGAACAAAUGCUGAAACGGUCAUUAUCGAUGAAAGUGAACACUCCUUAGACAUUCCCUCGCUGUCACUUGCCAUGACAUCGGAUCCCAAUCAUGGUGCAAACCAUCCGAGCGAUCUCAACGUCAUGAUUGAUCAUCACGUCAUUACUAGUCGAACGACCCUCACUACUAACCGAGAUAACACCACUCAUCUCCCUAAUUUAAAAUCUCUUCAAACUCCAACACCUCACAUUGAAUCGCCAUCCGAUGCUUAUUGGAUGUUUGCUCUCAGUGGUUUGACGUCAGGUGUCAACAACAAUUUAAACAACAACAACAACAAUUUGAACAACAACAAAUGGUCAUCAGGUACCAUGAACCAUGGCUCAAUAGGAAAUGGAAAUCGAACAUCGAUCCGUGAAAAUUCUGAAUUAGAUAUGAAUACGAUUGAGAGUAGUGUUCUUUCUUCAUCACUGAAUACCAAAUCGUUUGUUUUGGAUGAAUAUAUUGCUGGAUUGACUUUUGACGUGAUUAAUUCCACAAGUCCCUAUUUAACGAAUAGUCCAUCAACAACAUCAACAACAAAUACUUCUUCACAAGAUACCUCAAAAAAGAGAUCCUCUGAAAAUUCCAUCAUUCGAGAAGCUGUCAAGCUCAGCAAAAAUAAGAGAAAUUCCACUUCGAUUGUCACCUUGUCUUCGCCGACCAUGCAUCACUGUGGUGACACUUUGAAUGCCGCUGCGAAUAGUUUUUGUGGAAUUUCCACCUCUUCGUCGACGAAUCAAAAGAACAAACAACGUCUCUCAAGUCCACAAAGUCUUUUCAUAUUGCAACACCAAGACGAUGCAUUUCAUUCGACGAGCUCUCAAACCCAUUCAUUCAUGAAUCCUUCGAGUCCUACUUCACUUCAAAAUGAUUUCAAAAAAAGUGGUUCGAAUCGAUUUCAACUGAUAAAAUCUCCACAAGAUAACACUGCUGUAUCCACCACUACGACCACUGCCACUACAACUUUGACACUUCCAAAACAUUUAGAAGAAAUUCCAUUUGAUUUUUCAAAUCCCUUAAUGACACCAAGACAUGAGAGAAAAAAUUCACUUGGUUUGGCGCUCUCGGUCGAUACGUCCAUUUCACAUGUGAAACAAUUGUUUCAUGACGAUUUGACCAAUGAAGUGAAUGUCACGUCUUCGAAAUCUUCAUUGAAUGUACAAAGUUCGAAAGAUUUAAAUGAUCCAUCGUCGUCGAGUUUGAUGGAUUUAACUUUUGAGGAAUUUGCGAAACAAUUUAAAAACAAUUUGUUACUCCAAGAGACUGCAUCACCAAAUGUGGUUCCUCCUCUCACGAUUGGAAAUCGAAAAUCAUCUUUGAAAGGUCUUAAUUCUGUUUCCUCUGCUCGAUCACCAUCGACGACACAUAAUGCGUCACAACAACAAGUUAGAAACAAGAGAAAUUCCUUAAAUGCACUCAAACGAAGAACCAUUACAGGUGGAGCAGAUUUAUUCAAAUCUGUAUUUGGAUUUAAUAACGAGCUAGCUGGUGUGGAUCAAAAUGGAGGUAAAAAAACAUCUAAAAAUUGGGUAGCAGAAGAUGUUUCAGCAUGGAUAAACAACUCUCAAUUUACGAGUGCUGCUGUCACUCAUCAUGUGAAUCGUAAAUCGGAUGAUGUCCAUAUGCAUCAUGGCAGUGACACUUUGGAAGACGGAGAAGUGAAAAUGAAAUAUUGGGAUGAAAUUGAUGAAGAAGAAACCAAUCGAAAACGUCAAUCUUUUAGAGAAUUUAGCCAAAAUUUGGAUUUAUGUUAUUCGAUUGAUGUCGUUCGACCCAGAAAUCGAAAUUCUACAAGUCAAAUGUCAAAUGUGAAACGACUUUCUCUCACUCUUUCAUCCAUCCUUUCGAAUGGAUGUUCCUCAACGAGUCCACAAGAUGCCUUCGAACAAGCCACUGCAGAUAUGAGCACCUUUACUACAUCACCUCAAGCAUGUUCUAUCACACUUUCUUCCGUUGCAAUUUCACCACCUUCCACUUCUUCUCAACCAAUGUCAAUUGUCACACCUACAUCAACAACUCUCCUCAAUCAUUCUGUAACCUCAAUUUCCUCAUUUCCAAACCCUUCUGUUUCGACAAUGACUGGUUCAUUGCAAGAUUCACCUCAAUCGACGUCUUCAUCAAAAAUUCAAACACCAAAUAACUCAUCCAGAAGAUCCUUUUAUAACAAUCGAAUUCGAAAUGCACACAACAGAAGAUCACUUUCAUUUCCAACAGAGAAAUUGAAGAGUUUAUUUAAGAAAUUAAAGGAAUAA